UUAUCUACCAAUUCCUAGUUUCCUAUAUCAUAAAGGUUUUAAGCAUCCAACUCCGUGACAGAAGGAGCAUUCAUCAUUAUAAUAUAUUCUCAAAAUCCUACAUUAAGGAGGACAAUGGAUCUUCCAUGGUUGUUUUUGUUCUCUUCUUUAACCAUUGCAUUCUUUCUUACUGUUACAGUUGCUCAACAAGAGCCUCUAUACCAUUUUUGUUCAGACCAAAGUGGUAACUUCACCAGAAACAGCACUUACCAGACGAACCUCGACCGACUGCUUUCAUCUUUCACCCUCAAUACAUCAAAUGAAAACGGGUUCUACAAUUUUUCAUCAGGCCAAGGCUCCAACAUAGCCAACGCACUUGCACUUUGCAGAGGAGAUGUGAACUCAAGUGAUUGCUUCACCUGCAUCAAUAACGCAAACGAUGAGCUCAGAAAUCGCUGCCCUUACCAAAGAGAGGCGAUUAUAGGGUAUGACUAUUGUAUGUUCCGCUACACAAAUCGUACCAUCCUUGGUGUUGCAGAAACCUCGCCUAGUUUUUACAUGUGGAAUCCAAAUAACGUAACGAAUGUAGAUGCUUUCAAUCAGGCCGUGAGCUCUUUAAUGGACAACCUAACAAAUAUUGCUUCAACGGGGACAUCCCUUGGAAAGUUUGCAACAGGCAGUGCGCGAAUACCUUUCCUAACAAUAUAUGCGCUUGUUCAAUGCACGCCUGAUUUGGAAGAUACGGUUUGCCAAUCUUGCUUGUUACAGGCCAUUGGAGAAAUCCCAAAUUAUUGUGACAGAAAACAAGGAUGCAGGGUAUAUAGGCCAAGUUGUAAUUUUAGGUUUGAGAUUGAACGCUUCUAUAAUCUUACUGCUGCUGAUACAGCAGCAACACCAUCAUCACCGCCACCAUCAACAGCAUCCCCACCUUCUUCUCCCACAACAACAGAAAACGACAGUAAUUCAUCUGGAACUACUAUUAUCAUAUCCAUUUGGGCUGCUGCUUUUGCUCUACUCCUCAUUUUCAUCUGCAUCUUCGUUAUUUUAAGGUUGAGGAAGCCAAAGCUAAAACCUCAAAAGCAUGAAGCAACGGAAGCAAUGGAUGAAAUCUCAACUACAGAGUCCUUACAAUAUGAUUUCAACACCAUUAGAGCUGCAACAGAUCACUUUUCUGAUGGAAAUAAGCUUGGCCAAGGUGGAUUCGGAGCAGUUUAUAAAGGCACACUUGCCGGUGGAAAAUUAAUAGCAGUGAAAAGGUUAUCUUCAGAUUCUAGACAAGGAGACCUUGAAUUCAAAAACGAGGUUCAUUUAAUGGCCAAUCUUCAGCAUAGAAAUUUAGUUAGGCUCCAAGGUUUCUGCCUUGAAGGAGAUGAAAGGCUUCUCAUCUAUGAGUUUGUGCCUAAUGGAAGUUUGGAUAAAUUCUUAUUUGAUCCAGUUAAAAAAGCGUAUUUGAACUGGGAGAGAAGAUACAAAAUCAUAGGAGGGGUUGCCCGUGGACUUCUCUACCUUCACCAAGAUUCUCGAUUAAGAAUUAUUCAUCGAGAUCUUAAAGCUAGCAAUAUAUUGUUAGAUGCAGAGAUGACCGCCAAAAUUGCAGAUUUUGGCAUGGCAAGAUUGUGUGCUGUUGAUCAAACUCAAGGUGCUACUAGUAGAAUUGUGGGAACAUAUGGAUACAUGGCACCUGAAUAUGCAAUGCAUGGUCAAUUUUCGGUUAAAUCAGAUACUUUCAGUUUUGGUGUACUAGUUUUGGAGAUUUUAAGUGGUCAAAAGAACAGUGCUUUUCAUAAUGGGAGCAAUAUAGAAGAUCUUCUAAGUUUUGCAUGGAGAAAUUGGGAGGCUGGGACAGCAUUUGAUCUUGUAGACCCCAGUUUGAGAGAUGGUCCAAGAAGUGAGGUGAUGAGAUGCAUCCACAUUGGACUGCUUUGUGUUCAAGAAAAUGUAGCUCAAAGACCAAACAUGGGUGCGGUUGUUCUAAUGCUUACUAGCGACUCCACCACUCUCCCUCUACCCUUAGAACCUGCAUUUUUUAUGCACAGCAAAACUCAAUCGGCGAUGCAACUGUCAGAGGACUUAAAUUCAGGGGAAACAACAUCAAGUCGAUCCGAAAACGAAAUUGCGGUAGUCUCAGAAAAUAAGCUUUCCUUUACCGACCCAUAUCCAAGAUAACAAAGAUGGUCACAUUUGUAUUUUGCUGUCAAAAUUGUAUCCCCAUCGUUGUAAAAUCCAGUGAUUGCCGGUUUGAGUUGGUUAACCCUUAGAUCUCCUUUUCAUGUGGCAAAUAUGCUGGUGUUAAUUAAAACUCCUUGUUUUACUAGCGUGAUUAAAAAAAACUUAUUCCAUUGUUUUUCCGAUUAACCAAA